UUGCUUAGUAUUGGAUGGUUCACUUAAAAAAGUGCAAGAUAGAAAAUUUGCCAGUCUUAACUUCAAGUGUAAGAUAGAGAAAUCACAUUGCUUGGUAUUGGAUGGUUUACUUUGUGAGAGACCUUCCUCUCUCUGGAACCACCAUAUACGGCCUGAAAACUAAACAAGCAGAAACCGCAAGUCUUGCUGCUUUUCUGCUGCGUUUCAAUUCGUUAAAAAGAGAGGAAUCAUGUUAAUCACAGUUGUUAGCAGUUUGAUCUUCACAAACCAGCGGAAGACAAUGCAAUUUAUCCCUGAAAGUUUGAGAAAACUCUGGAACGAGUGGGAGCUUCGGGGCAUGGUUCUAGCUAGCCUUGCCUUGCAAAUUAUCCUCAUCCUGAUUGGCAACUGGAGAAAACAUUCAACCAGUAACAAACUCAGAAUUCUUCUGUGGCUCUCUUACCUGUCAGCUGACUCAGUUGCAACAGUUGCACUUGGCAUACUCUCCAGCAACCAAGAAGAAUCUCAAGGUGAUUUUGUAAACCCGAAAGUUGUAAUAACCGCAUUUUGGGCACCCUUUCUUCUCUUACAUCUUGGUGGCCCAGAUACUAUCACUGCUUACUCUUUAGAAGACAAUGAGUUGUGGCUUAGGCACUUGCUUGGGCUAUUUGUCCAGGUGGUUGUAGCUUUAUAUGUCUCUUUCAGAGCAUGGUCCAAUAAAGAGUUAAACUUUUUGGCAAUACCAAUGUUCAUAGUUGGGAUGAUCAAGUUUGGGGAGAGGACUUGGGUUCUAAGAUCGGCAAGCAGUGAGCAUUUUAGAGAUUCUAUGCUUCAUGAUCCUGACCCAGGUCCCAAUUAUGCUAGAUACAUGGAAGAAUAUUGUUCAAAGAGAGCCCAGGGCUUCAGGGUUAACUCAGUUGAACUAAGAGGGGAUAACUCACUAGUUGUAAGAUCCAACAUCGACCAACGGAGAGGGGGUGAUGUGCCUUAUAUGUACGCAGUUGAUGAUGGUACCCAAAAUGUGGAAAUUUUAGACAAGGCCUACGAGUUCUUUGAAACAUUCAAACUGCUUUGUGCUGAUCUCAUCCUCAGCUUCCAUGAUAUAGUACACAGCCACUCCUUCUUAGAAAAAAAAAACUCCGAUCAAGCUUUCGAAGUUAUUGAGUUUGAGCUAGGAUUCAUGUAUGAUGCCUUUUAUACAAAGUCAGUUCUGGUUUCUUCUGGUCUGGGUUGCAUUCUCCGUGGUAUUACUGUUUCUAUAACACUUUCUGUAUUCAUAGCCUUCCUGUUCUCAAAGAAGCAAGCAUACAGUGGAGUAGAUGUAAUUAUCACAUAUAUAUUGUUGGUAGGAGCAAUCGUCCUAGAAUCUUAUGCUGUAGUCAUGCUGCUUUCCUCAGACAGGACUAGGCUAUGGCUGAAUAAGCACAAAAAUAUGGUGGCGCGUCUCUUGGUUCUCUUGCGUAGAGCCGCUUCGUCAGUCCCUUUGGGUUAUAACAAGAGGUGGUCUAAUACCGUGGCACAAUACAACCUCAUAACAUUUUGUCUUAAGGCUAAGCCAACGAAAUGCAUUUCUGUCCAGAAGUUCUUAUUCAUUUAUCAGUUGUUAGAGAAGUAUCGAUACAAAGAGUUGGCGGAUAUCCCCACUAAGUUAACGUUGAAGAAGUUGAUAUUUGAGCAGCUCCAAGAGAAAUCAAGGAUUGGUUCUAAUGUUGAGGCUAGCAAACGAAAACAAGUGUGUGCUCGAAGGGGUGACCAGGUGCUUCAAAAAGCACAUUGUCUAAAGGAACUUGGCUGGACCAUCAAUGAGGUUGAGUUUGAUCAAAGCAUCCUUCUCUGGCAUAUUGCAACAGAUCUAUGUUAUUAUUCCGAUGUGAAUCGAAACUCGGUUCCUAGUGUAAAUUGUGAAGACAGUAAGCUGUUAUCGAACUACAUGAUGUAUCUUUUAGUCAUGUGCCCCUUCAUGCUACCAAACGGGAUUGGACAGAUAAGGUUUAGAGACACAUGUGCUGAGGCUGAAGAAUUUUUCAAGGAAAAGAAAAUAAUGAAAUCGGGUGAACGGAAAGCAUGCACAAAGCUACUGGAUGUGUGCACAGAGAUCCUUCCAUCUAAAGUGAAAGGAGAUAGAAGCAAGUCAGUUCUAUUUGAUGCAUGCAGGCUUGCUAAAGCUUUGCAGUCCCUGGAAUCAGAUAGAGGGUGGAGUAAUGAGAGAAAGUGGGAGUUUGUAAGUCAUGUGUGGGUGGAAAUGCUCUCUUACGCUGCCAAUCAAUGUCGAUGGAGUGGUCAUGCUCAGCAGCUCAGGCGAGGAGGAGAGCUGCUCACCCAUGUCUGGCUUCUUAUGGCACAUCUGGGUUUAACUGAACAGUUCCAAAUUUCAGAGGGCCAUGCAAGGGUAAAACUGAUUGUGGAGUAAAAAAAAAAUGCGGAUAGGACACAAUUCACACUGAACUUUUGAAAUUAUGUGUUUAAUUCCUUUAGUUCCUUUUCUUGUUUUGAGAAGAACAAUUAAUAACUUAGUGUGACUCCUCUGGUGUUUGCCUCGACUCA